AAGGUGAAUCAACAUCCGAAAUCAGCUGGCAAAGAAGUCGAAAGAGUUCAAGGUUCUCCACUUUCCUGGAAUCUGGUUCGGGAGAAAGUGUAUGAUGUUUGAGUCUCGUCUCCGUCGUCGUCGUCGUCCCCUUUCGUAGUGCGGUUUUUUUUUCUUCCUAACCUCGUUCCCUUGUUCGACGGAAUUGAUCAAAAACACAUAAACCAGGAAGAAACGUGAAGAUACAAACAGAAUAAAAGUGUCGUAGAUCUUCGGACGGAAGAAUUCUCGAGCUCAAGGAGUCAGAGCCAGAGCAGCUAAAAAAGCGCGUUUGAGAUCUUGGAUAAGGGUGUGUCUGUGAGUUCCGAGCGUAUUCGGAGGAAAAGUGAACCGAAGGCGAAGAAAGCAUUCAAUCAACCCGGGAAGUGACACGAUGGUGACGGGCUACGUCAAGUGGCGGCUGCCGAGGGCAGUGCCGAUAUUGGCGCUCAUCGCGAGCUGUAUGCUGCUGCUACCGCCGUGGAUGCCGUUGCACGGCGUAAAUGGGUUAAGUUCAACAGUUGAAAGAGAAAGUCGAAAGCUCUUCGGAGGCUACCGGAUAACGCCAAAGUUCUGCAACGCCACAAGGUCACUGCUGAAGCGAGAUUCUGACCGACGGGGACCGACGAUCUGCAUGUUUAACCACGAGUGCUUCCAACGGCAGGGAGAAGUGGUGGGAGCCUGUAUGGAUGGAUUCCUGUUUGGAACCUGCUGUGAGCUUCCCCUGACGAACGAUAUCGCAAUGAUCACGGAAUCGCUGCUGGACCAGUACAACUAUACGGAUUAUGCAGAAACCACAUCCCAGUCAUCGCUCAGCUCUGCUAUUGCCAGUCAGUACGAAAAGUUUGGAAGCCAACUGACCGGUUCGGGAACUGGAUACGGACCGAUCAUCAAUUACGAACCAAUCAAGCUUGAAAAUCCAAUCAAAGAGAGCAGUGAUUUAACCGGAAGUGCCGGAAGCAUGCCAAGUGCUGUUUCCAGCGAGAAGCCGUUGUUCAAUAAACUCGAAAACAACUACAUUACAAAUGACGACCUGGAUGACGAUAUCGUUCAGAGUAGUUUGAAUUCUCAUAAGUACGAACUGUCAAAUAGUGCAGUAUCCGUGUACUCGCCAUCCACUUCAAAUAUCAAAUCGGAAGAAAUCGAGAUUGGAACAACCAUCCCGCCACCUCCGGUCCGAAAUGAAGUUAGCUACGUACAGAUCGAUAACCACAAUAACGUCUACAGUUCGGAGAUCCCGUCAUCGUUGAACAUGUACAACGAACAUUUUGCAGAUGCUAACACGGCUCCAGCUUCCUAUGUUGAAUCCAGCACAGACAUCACCUCGAGUGGAGUUCAAAUCAUUGCCAACCAGAUCUACCAGGAGAACCAGUUAUUCGAUCAUAGUGACAUCACCCACCCAGAAGCUGAAACCGACUUGUUCAACGAAAACGGAGCCGUCGACCAGAGCUAUGCCAAUCCCAGCGAUUUCAACAACCAGGAAAUCGUUACGGAGGUGCUGACCACAGAAAAACCUGUGAAAAUUAUCCACCCAAAACCUCAGUUCAAACCUAAACCUAAGCCAACUCAAGCAACCGACCCAAACAACUACGUACUUGUACAUACUAUUUCUAGUAACUCCAAAGACAGCGAGAACCAUACCACAAAACCAACGGUCUCCGUCAACAACAUUCACUCGAUCGAAUCGAUCAUAUUAAUGUUGAACGAAACCAACCUUGGACCACAGUACGACACGGACUCGGACACCAAACAGGACAAUGUGACCGAGACUUUCCCAACGCAGGCACCAGAGACCACAUCGCAGGCGUCCUAUGCGACGUCUUCGAUCGAUUACGAUAAGUACGGACCGACCAGUUUCUACAUCACCAAACCACUGAAGACGAGUCCUCCAACUACCUCACUAUCCACUAAGGUCCCUUCGACCAGCUAUGUGUACAGUCCAAAGCCUACGAGACGGCCCAUUCUGGAACCGGUUGUAGUCCAAGCUACCUUACUGACGAGCGGAUACGGAACGACAGCUGUGACUCAAAAAGAUCCAGCUAUCUCCGUAUCAACCGUUCGUCCACCACCAAACAAACUUGUUGUCACAGCCGGCAGCGGAAACAAACGACCGGUACUCAUCACAAGCGAAGGAGAGCAUGCCGUCCCAUCAGGAUACUACACUGCUGCAUCAACUGCAGCGCCUGUUGCAGUCUCUUCUGUUCAACCCACUAAGAAAGUGACCACUCAUCCAACGAAGCGCCCAGUGUCAACUACCAUCAAGCUGCCCGAAUACAUUAUCCAGUCAUCGACACUUUCCCAUCAAUCACCAGCCACCCUGACCAACGUCAACUACGUCCACAUUGCCAGUGCAUCUGACCACCCAUCGCCAACCGUUCACAUUACGCCGAAACCCGUUCCAGGACUCGUUACCUCUAGCACCUGGAACCAGAACAACAACAACAACAACAAUAACAAGCUGACCAGCCCUAUCAGCAGCAACCAACGUCCAGGCUAUUACGAUAAUACUCCACCUCCAGUCUACGUUUCGUCCCUUGCAGACUUUGCCGAUGAGGGCUACUUUGGAGUAACAAAGCGACCUGGAGCUGCUCCGACUCUAUCAUCCACCGCUAUCUACACGAUCGUCGAUACCAACAACGUACUCGGUCAUAUUGCCUCGUCAACCUACUCUCCAUAUGGACCAUCCUCUCCAACGUAUCAAACAGUUAACCGCAUUCCACCGAAUCAACAGCCCACUCACAUUUACAUCGCCCAGGCUAUCGAAUCGUCCACCAUCAAGAACGAACUCUAUACAACACCGGACGACAUCAACAACUUCCCCCCGGUUAGAAACCCCAGUUUCAACAUGACGGACUCAACCAUGAUGACCAACAUCACCAAAAUCGAAAACGAUCACUUCUCCGGCAUCAAAGAUGAUGAAAAGGUCAAUUUACUGGUUAACAAGAUUGUGGAAUCAUUCAACGGAAACUUCGAAGAACUGGAGGCGAUCCUAAAAGAGCGCAGGAACCUUACGUACUCACAUACCACGACUGAAGCAACUACCACCACCACUACCACUACCGAAAAGAUCAAGACUACAAGCUCUACCAGCAGGCCAGUGACCAAGAAGAAGAAGAAGCGUCCAAGUGGUAGCAAGAAGCCCUCCAACUCCACAUCGACUUCGUCCACUACUAUCAAGAAACCAUCCACCACCAAACCAACCGUCAUUCAGCAGGAUUCGGCCCCGCAAUCUACAUAUGGCACCGCAACCUCCACGAAACCGGUCUCUAAGCCAUCCAAGAAACCCACCAAGACUAAACGCCCUAGCAACUCGACGAAACCAACUUCAUCCUCUUCGCAGACCAAACCCGUUGUCACAACGGUUGACCUGUCCAGCCCAACGAAGCCAGCGAAACCAUCCAAGCCAAAACCUUCCAGUUCUGCCUCUACCCGUCCGAAACCGACGAGCAGUUCAAAACCCUCGGCCGACGAAAAGCCAGCCACCACCGCGUCCAAGCCAUCUGCAUCCACCACAAAGAAACCAGUCCGGACAUCGACCUCGAAGAAGCCAGCCAAGAAGCCCACCAGCCGACCCACACUGGCCGACACCGAACCAGUGACGCUGACCAGCACCCGUAAACCGACCAAGGCGACGAAGCGUACCACCAAGCGACCGACGACGACCACCACCACCACCACCACUACUACAACACCGGCCCCGGAAGACGAAAUCAUUGACGAGGAGGAGAACGUCGUGGAGGAGGAAGAGGAAGACGAGGACGUCGGCGAGGAGACCAACGAGACGGUCGACGAUCAAGCGCCAAGAAAAAUACUAUGCGGUCAGCGACCACUGAUGAAGAGUGCCCGUGUCGUUGGAGGAAAGGCAGCCAAGUUCGGCGAAUGGCCUUGGCAGGUGCUGGUACGGGAGUCCACUUGGCUCGGUCUGUUUACCAAGAACAAGUGCGGCGGUGUGUUGAUUACGAACGAAUACGUCAUCACGGCUGCUCACUGUCAGCCUGGCUUCCUGGCCUCGCUGGUAGCCGUGUUCGGAGAGUUCGAUAUCUCGAGUGACCUGGAAUCCAAACGAUCCGUUACGAAGAACGUCAAGCGGGUCAUUGUGCACCGGCAGUACGAUGCGGCCACCUUCGAGAACGAUCUUGCCAUCCUGGAGCUGGAAAGUCCCAUUCACUACGAUGUUCAUAUUGUGCCAAUUUGCAUGCCAUCAGACGAAGCUGACUUUACCGGCAGAAUGGCGACAGUGACCGGAUGGGGACGAUUAACUUACGGCGGCGGAGUGCCCUCGGUGCUACAGGAAGUGCAGGUCCCAGUGAUAGAAAACAGUGUCUGUCAGGAGAUGUUCCACAUGGCCGGGCACAACAAGAAGAUCCUGCCGUCGUUCGUUUGUGCUGGCUACGCGAACGGCAAGCGAGAUUCCUGUGAGGGUGACAGUGGUGGCCCGCUGGUGCUGCAACGUCCCGACGGUCGCUACGAGCUGGUCGGAACGGUAUCCCACGGAAUUCGCUGUGCGGCCCCCUACCUGCCCGGAGUCUACAUGCGGACGACAUUCUACAAACCUUGGUUGCGAAGCGUCACCAGUGUAAAAUAAGCGCACUCGCCAGGCAAACAA